UCGAAAUGAAAGGGCAGCUAGCCGCCAGCUCUUGAACUCCGCUGAUCUAGCUGCUAAAGAUUUUAAAAAACUGUGUUGGAUCGUUAUAAGUGUGGAGAGAAUAAGUAAAACGGGAGACGACUCAGUAAGGAAAGUAAACUUCGCUGUGAAGCAGCUAGUAUUGAUUGAAAGGCUUGCCUAGGCCAGGGACUAGAAACUUCGCAAUGGCUGAUUACAGCGAGAGAGCACCGCCGUGCGUGUUCGUCAGAGACCUGCCCAUGGGUAUACGGCUGAAACUUCGCAGAAUCCUGGAUCUGCCCAGGUCGCAGCGCAACUGGAUGGCGCUGGCUGCUGAGAUGGAUUAUACGAUCGAGCAGGUGGAGCAGUUCAAACUGGCCUACCAUCAAGGUCCCAAUAGCAGCCCAACGUUGGAAAUGCUACACGAAUGGGGCACUCGUAACAAAACGGUGGACGAACUUGUUCGCUUGCUGCGUAAUAUCAACAAUAUUGAAGCCAUAAAGGCGAUCUUUGACGAGGGUGAAAAUGACGAGAGUCUGCCGCCUGUCCAAAUAUCCGCCGAGAGCCAGCGCUUUCCGAACGUUCUUCCUGGAGACGAGCGCAGCAUUCAGGAGGUUCUCAUGGAAACGGAACGCCGCCAACAGAGUGCAUACACUGGCCCGUCAGCGACUUCUGAAGCAGCGAACGGCAGCAGUGGCCCGUCUGACCAUCAACCACUACACAGGAACAACGGCACUUCUUCACAAGGGGCCAGCCUAUCCAGCCCCAUGCAAAACCAGGAUCAGCCCGCACCAGAGGCCAAUCCAGAGUCAUCAAAGUGGCCUUUGAAGCCAGGAAGUGUCCGCAAAGUGCUCAUCAGAGCUGAAAGAGAUGCGGUCAACAAGGCGGGGAUGGCCAAUGUUGACUACAGUAAACUCAAGGCCAAUACCAACAAGUUCUCUGAUCGGCUCCUCUCAAAAGGAGGCAGCCGCCUUGGAGCUGGUGGCUAUGGGAGCGUAUUUUUCCUCGAAAUGACUCGUCACGAGGACAAGAGUCAGGUGGCGUGUAAACGAAUGCAUCAGGCAAUGUAUGAUGAGAGUGCUGCUCUGCAGUUCAUCAAUGAGCUGUCCGUACUCACACUGAUACAGGUGGGUGCUGUGAAGAACAAUGUCCAGGACGUUCUCAAGUACUUCGUUGAGCUCAAGGCGUUCUCGGUGAACGGGCCAUGUCCAUGCCUGAUCUAUGAGUUUGUUCCUAUCGGUUCGCUGUCCAUGGCCCUGAACGGAGAGGACCAAACACAUCCGUUCACCUGGGAAGAUCGCCAUAAAGUUGCUGCCACCGUGGCAGACGCACUGCAAUAUCUCCACACCGGAAGGUUCGGUGCAAAAAUCAUUCAUGGAGACGUAAAAAGCUCAAACAUUCUUCUGGAUGAAAUGUUCGCGCCCAAGCUUGGCGACUUUGGUGUCGCCCGGGUGCUGAAUCAAGAGGAUGGCUCAGUCUUGCACCAAGAGCACCUGGUAGUGGCCGGAACGAACGCAUAUAUGGCACCCGAGGCCAGGCGGGGGCAUGCCUCCGUCAAGUCUGACGCGUACAGUUUCGGAAUUGUUCUCCUUGAGCUGCUGACAGGGAAGAAAGCCUUCGACACAGCAAGACCACACGACCAACAAGACCUGAGAAACUACAUGAAAGAACAGGAAAGAGCGCUCCCUGAUCUGGUGAAGAGGGCAUACGUCAACCUCGACCGUGCGUGGCCUGAAGCGCUGUACAUGCAAAUGUACCGUGUGGCAUUCAACUGUCUGGAGACCAAGGUGUCAAAGAGAGUAGCAGUUGCAGAGAUUGUCGGUGAUCUUCAGCGGCUGACUGACGAACAGGUUAUGAUGGGCUGAUGAUGCCAGACUCAGCCCCUGAAUUUUGAUGAGUGCAGCACUUAUGAAUGCUGAACCUAUGAGGAUGUUCCUCAAGCUGGAACACUUGAUAACACUGAUGGAGGUCACCAAACAGCAUGUAGUCAUACACAGCUUAUUGAAGCUAUAUCCUUUUAUCAGUCUAUAACAGUACACUGCUAACUAGUUACAUCCCAGGCCAGUGAAAACUAUUUUAGAAGUCGUGCUACAACCAGACACUUCACGGAGACGAAUAUAUUUGCGCAAUGAAUUAGUUUGACUGCUAGUACACGGCAAACAUACUUUGAAGUACGUAAUAUUAUACUGAGACCAUUACUUCGAACAUGACAUACUGGAAUUACCGGUAUAUAUUUUCUUACAAUUCUGUAGUCUCACAAUAGAGUCUGUAUUUUUCAUAUUAGGUGCAUGCACUUUGUGUGCACGGCAAUGCUACGCUGUUGCUUUGCACUUCCCCAGUCCCAUAGUUUGGUAGUCUAGACACUAAGUUAUGUCAUUUCUCUACCAGUGCUUGCAUUGGUGCUUGAAUGCUGCUACUUUGCACUGUACAUUUUACUAGAGCUCUAUGGCAUAGCAUGUGCUAAUAUGCAGUUGUGUCAUGUUUCACUACUACUACAUGUACUUCUGCUCUUGCAUAGGUGUAGAAACGGGCUUCGGCUCAAGAUGUAA